AUGUUCUCCUCGGCGUUCAAGUCCAUCUCGGCCACGAACAUCACCGGAAACUACACCAUCUCUUCGAAUCCGACUUCGACGGCUGGUCCCUGGAAGAUUUACGAUGCAAAGAAAAAGUCGACCGGCAAGUCGUACAGCGUCUUUGUCUUUGACAAAAAGUCCCUAGACAGCCAUGGCAGCUCGUUGGGUCGCUCCGGAGCGGCCUCAUUCAAAAAGACGGUAGAGGAGGUUGUCGAGCGGUUGCGAAAAGAGGCGUCGAGUCUGGCCAAGCUCAGACAUCCCAGUAUCUUGGAGUUGGUGGAGCCUGUCGAAGACACAAGAGGAGGUGGCUUGCAAUUUGUCACCGAAGCCGUGACAGCAUCAUUGUCGAGCGUGCUACACGAAAAGGACGAGCAAGAACGAGUUGGACCUGGUGGAAGAUCAAGUCGAUUUGUGACUGAGGACUCGGAUGGAGUAAAGCGACGGAGGGAGCUCGAGAUUGACGAGUUGGAGAUUCAAAAAGGACUCCUCCAAAUCAGCAAGGCACUGGAGUUUCUGCACGAAAAUGCCGGCCUCGUCCACGGCAACCUCACACCGGAUGCCGUCCUUAUCAACGCCAAAUCUGACUGGAAGAUAAGCGGCCUCGCUUUUUGCAGCCCCCCUGAUGGCUCCGACAAGCCGACAUCGAUCCAAGGAAUUAGUCUGUACGAGGUCUUGAACAUGGAUCCCCGAUUACCGAAGGCCGUCCAGCUCAACCUCGACUAUACCUCGCCCGAUUUCGUCGUCGACAGCAACCUCAACUCUUCAGCUGACAUGUUUUCUCUUGGACUCUUGUCGGUCGCCCUCUACAACUCUCCUCAUGCUUCUCCCCUCGAAUGCCACGGCAGCUUGUCCACAUACAAGCGACUGUUUUCGUCGUCUUCGAGUGUCCCGUCCGUCACAAACAACUACCUCUCAUCUCGGCCCCUCCCCCGAGAACUCUCUCACGAUGUCCUUCCUCGACUCAUCACGAGACGGCCCGCUCAGAGAAUGACUGCACGAGAAUUCCAGCAGAGCGAGUAUUUCGACAAUGUCCUUGUCUCUACAAUCCGUUUCCUUGAUUCGUUCCCCGCCAAGACUGCCAACGAAAAGGCUCAGUUCAUGCGGGGUCUCAACAAGGUCCUGCCCUCGUUUCCCAAGUCGGUCAUGGAAAAGAAGAUUCUUCCGGCCUUGAUUGAGGAACUCAAGGACCGGGAGCUUCUCUCACUCAUCCUUCAAAACGUGUUCAAAAUCCUAGACUUGCUUCCGUCUGCUAGACGUGCUUUUGGAGAAAAGGUCCGGCCAUCGCUGAGGGAUAUCUUCGUCAUCAACGCCAAGCAGCAAGAAAAGGACCCAGCCAGAGAUGCAGGACUAAUGGUUGUCCUCGAAAACAUUUCCUCCAUCUCCAGCAACUGCUCCGGAAAAGAGUUUAAAGAUGAUAUGCUCCCUGUCAUCUUGGCGGCCAUUGAAUGCCCGACUCAUUCGAUUGUCGACGCGGCCCUGCGAAGCCUACCGGUUGUCUUGCCAGUUCUCGAUUUCAGCACCAUUAAGAACGAACUCUUUCCCGUGAUAGCAACUGUCUUUAGCAAGACAAACAGUCUCGCCAUCAAGGUCCGAGGUCUUCGAGCAUUUGUCAUUCUCUGUGGUGGCGCAAACGGUGAAGAUGACGGUCUCAAUGGGGUGAGCAAGACUUCAUCGUCCAGUGCCCUCGACAAGUACACAAUGCAGGAAAAGAUUGUGCCCCUGAUCAAGGCUAUCAAGACAAAAGAGCCGGCAGUCAUGGUGGCAGCCUUGGACGUGCUCCGGAUUGUUGGAGGCGUUGCUGACGCCGACUUUGUCGCCAUGGACCUUUUGCCGAUCCUCUGGAGCAUGAGUCUUGGGCCUCUUCUGAACCUGAAGCAAUUCCAGUCGUUCAUGGAGCUCAUUAAGAGUCUGUCACGGCAAGUCGAGGAUGAGCAGACACGCAAGCUGCAAGAACUGGGCGGAACAACCACGACGCCCAGCGAAGAUUUCAUGGCCUUUGGUGGUGUCACAGGCACAACCUUUGAGCCCACGUCUGAGAAUGACUUUGAGGCUCUCGUCAAGGGACGUCCAUCCACCACCAGUGCCCCUGAAGAGAAGAAGCCCAGCACCCCUCAACCGCCAACAUUUUCCUGGUCGACGCCUCCACCAACAAACAACCCGACAAAACCUCCGCAAAAGUCUUUCCGGACAGUGACUCCAGACCUUGGUCGCUUCGAGGCAAUGACACCGUCGUCGACGCAGUAUAGCCAGCCUCUGCAGCCUCAGCCAUCGACCUUUUCUCCUCCUCCACAGUCGACAUUUUCGGCACCUCCACAAUCAACGUUUACUCCGCCGCCGUCAACCUUUACGCAGCCAACACAGCCCACACAGCCCAUACAGCCUACUACCGGAGCCGUGAACUGGUCUGCUGCCAAGAACACCCUGUCGGCACCCAUGAACUCGAUGGCAUUAAACUCAAUGACGCCCAUGCAGCCCUCCCGCAGUCCAUCCUUCACUCUUCCUCCACCUCCUGGGAAUGCUGCGCCCGCGCUCUCUCCACAGACCUGGAGUGCCCCCUCGAGUCAAAGCAUGGGGUCGGGCCAGACAGGGCAAAAGUCGGGAUUGGACAAGUAUGAGAGUUUAAUUUAG